AUGGUGUUUCGAAACACCCACGCAACCCUGACUGCGUACGACGCCAGUGACGACUACACUGGCACGUACGACGUCGCAACCGACAACACCCUCUUGAGCGCCUUUAACUUUGUGCCUGUAUUUUACCUCAAGACGGCGCUCAAGUCCACCCACCGCGUAAAGAAGGACACGACCUGGAAGCACAAGACCUUGACCGCUAAGAAGAACGACACCAGCGUCAUUCUCACCACUGACUCGACGCUGCGACUUUCGUACUCUGACGUCUAUAAGACGGGGUACUCGUCGGAUCUCUACCAGGCCAGCUUCUUUGGUGUCAAUGCCGCCGUCAACGCCAAUAACAACUCGCUUGUCUACCUGGACCAUGUCAACAUCACCACUCACAACGGGGCGGCCAAUGUCUAUGCCUACGGAACUGGCACAGAGGUGGAAAUCACGGACUCGUACCUGUACAGCUCCGGUCCAGUUGCUCAUGGACUCUACGCUGCAGGAAAUGCCACCAUUGUCGCCGACAAUGUCAUUCACUACUCUGGGGGCUAUCGAUCAAGUGCCUUUGCUGGAGACGUGCCCGAUGGCGACCUGAACAUCACCAACUCUGUGUCUCACACUACAGGUAUUGGUUCUGCCAUCUUCUAUGUCAGCGGACACAUAUACGCAAAGAAUGUCAUUGGUCAAGCCGACAAGGCUCCAGUCGUCAUCAUGGACGGAGAUUACUCGAUUGAGCUGUACGACUGCCAACUGACCACUGGUAACCUUGGCGGGCUUCUGCACUUUAGCUCUGGCCUUCGCACGGCUUCGGGAACAUGGAAGAUUGUCAACUCCAUCAUCAGCUCCACGGCCGAUGCAGUCUCGACUCUGUGGUUCGGCAACGUCAUUUCCAACAUGGAGUUGACCUCUGUCAAGCUUCUCACCAGCAACGACGUCCUAGUUGUCGCCAACACGUCCCAGAUCACCCAAGACUUUUCCUACUUUGCAUCUCCGGCCGAGAUUUCCACGCUUCUACCAGCGAUUGCGACCAUCAAAGUCGCCGACUCGGAGCUUGCUGGGAACCUUGUCGCAAUCAACGGAAGCACUAUCAACUGGUCUCUCAAAGACUACUCCAGCUGGACCGGCAAGACGGUGUCAGAGACCGGAACCGGAUACUUCAACGUUGCCCUCGACAAGUCGUCUUCGUGGAGUCUGACUGGAAACUCAUACACUUCUAACUUUACCAAUGCCGACUCCAGCAUGAAGAACAUCCAGAGUAAUGGUUUCAAUCUGUACUACAGCAAGAAGGCCGCGCUGAAUAAGUCGCUGAGGGGCAAGAAGCUCAAGCUUCAGGGAGGAGGAUACCUGAAGCCGUACUAG